AUGAUGUGCGAGGUGAUGCCCACCAUCAGCGAGGGGGACCCGCUGGGGCCCCCCCAGGGCUCGGAAGCGGACGCUGACUUCGAGCAGCUGAUGGUGAACAUGCUGGAUGAGAGGGACAAGCUGCUGGACACCCUGCGGGAGACGCGCGAGACGCUCGCCGUCACCCAGAGCCGGCUGCAGGAGACGCUCCGGGAGCGGGACCAGCUCCAGAGGCAGCUGAACUCGGCACUGCCGCAGGAGUUUGCGACGCUGACGCGGGAGCUCAGCACCUGCCGGGAGCAGCUCCUGGAGAGGGAGGAGGAGAUCUCGGAGCUGAAAGCCGAGCGCAACAACACCCGGCUCCUGCUGGAGCACCUGGAGUGCCUGGUGUCACGGCACGAGCGCUCCCUCAGGAUGACUGUGGUCAAGCGCCAGGCCCAGUCGCCAUCUGGGGUGUCCAGUGAGGUCGAGGUGCUCAAGGCACUCAAGUCACUCUUUGAGCAUCACAAGGCACUGGAUGAAAAGGUGAGGGAACGCCUGCGAGCAGCCUUGGAGCGAGUGGCCACCUUGGAGGAGCAGCUCGUGGAUGCCCAUCGGCAGGUGGCAGCUCUGCAGCAGGGCUCUGCCCGGGAGCCUGCGGCGGGCGAGCGCGAGGAGAGGGAGCCCAAGGAGCCGGCACCGAAGCUUCCCUGGAAGCGUCUCUCCAAUGGCUCUGUCCACUCGGAUGAUGAGGCUGGGCGGGUGGUGGAGCUGCAGGAGCUCCUGGAGAAGCAGAAUUUUGAAGUGGUCCAGGCCAAGGAGCGAAUCUCUGCCUUGGCUGCCAGCGUGGCUGAGCUGGAGGAGGAUCUGGGCACCGCCAGGAAGGAUCUGAUCAAAUCUGAGGAGAUGAGCAGCAAGUACCAGAGAGACCUCCGAGAGGCCCUGGCACAGAAGGAGGACAUGGAGGAGAGGAUCACCACGCUGGAAAAACGGUACCUGGCAGCCCAGAGAGAGGCCACCUCCAUCCACGACCUCAACGACAAACUGGAGAACGAGCUGGCCAACAAGGAGUCCCUGCACCGCCAGUGCGAGGAGAAGGCACGGCACCUGCAGGAGCUGCUGGAGCUGGCGGAGCAGAAGCUGCAGCAGACCAUGAGAAAGGCAGAGACGCUGCCCGAGGUGGAGGCGGAGCUGGCCCAGCGCAUUGCUGCCCUCACCAAGGCAGAAGAGAGGCAUGGGAGCAUUGAGGAGCACCUCCGGCAGCUGGAGGCUCAGCUGGAGGAGAAGAACCAGGAGCUGGCCAGGGCCCGGCAGAGGGAGAAGAUGAACGAGGAGCACAACAAGCGGCUCUCGGACACCGUGGAUCGGCUGCUGAGCGAGUCCAACGAGCGGCUGCAGCUGCACCUCAAGGAGAGGAUGGCAGCCUUGGAGGAGAAGAAUACAUUGUUACAAGAGCUGGAAAAUACCCAAAAGCAGAUAGAGGAACACCAGCACGACAAGCGGCGUCUGUCCGACGAGAUCGACAAGCUGAGGCUGGAGGUGGAUCAGCUCAAGACCAGGAGUGGGACGUUUGUGGAGAGUGUGCACACCAGGUCCCACAUGGGCAGUGCCACCGACCUGCGCUUCCCACUGGGAGCUGUGGUCCACGCCCCAGCCGAGCCCUUCGGAGCAGCUCCGGGGCUGCCCCGGGCACAGAAGGGACGAUUCGGUGCCCGGAGAGAGGAGCCAGCCAAGGACUGGGAGCAGGCCCAGGCAGGUGGGGUCCUGGCCACGGGGCCUCACGCCUUCGACAGCGACCCCGACAUCUCCGACAUGGAUGAGGACGACCGCGAGACGCUGUUCAGCUCCAUGGAUGUCCUCUCUCCUGGUGGGCAUUCAGAUGCUCAGACAUUGGCCAUGAUGCUUCAGGAGCAGCUGGAUGCCAUCAACGAAGAGAUCAGGAUGAUCCAGGAGGAGAAGGAGUCCACGGAGCUCCGCGCAGAGGAGCUGGAGACACGGGUCACGAGCGGCAGCAUGGAGGGCCUGAACCUCACCCAGCUGUGCAAGAGGGCCUCCAUCCCCACCUCUCUGACAGCCCUGUCCCUGGCCAGCUCAUCCCCACCGCUCAGCGGCCGCUCCACGCCCAAGCUGAGCUCCCGCAGCGCCGCGCAGGACCUGGACCGCAUGGGGAUCAUGACGUUGCCCAGCGACUUGAGGAAGCACCGGAGGAAACUGCUAUCGCCUGCAGCUCGGGAUGAGAGCCGGGAGGACAAAACCACCAUCAAGUGUGAGACGUCCCCGCCAUCGUCACCCAGAACACUGCGGCUGGAGAAGCUGGGCCACCCUGCCCUGAGCCAGGAUGAUGGCAAGAGCUCGCUGGAGGAGCAGGCCAGCAAUCCCAGCAGCAGCCAGGACUCCUUGCACAAGGGUUCCAAGAGGAAGGGGAUCAAGUCUUCCAUCGGGCGCCUGUUUGGGAAGAAAGAGAAGGGUCGCUUGAUCCAGCUGAGCAGAGAAGGGGCCACGGGGCAGGUGCUGCUGACUGACGUGGAGGGAGGCAUCCAGGACCCCCUGGGACUGGGCAAGCUGGGGGCUCAGGCCGAGAAGGACCGGCGCCUGCGGAAGAAGCAUGAACUCCUGGAAGAGGCUCGGAGGAAAGGAUUGCCCUUUGCCCACUGGGAUGGCCCCACUGUUGUGUCCUGGCUGGAGCUCUGGGUGGGGAUGCCAGCCUGGUACGUGGCUGCGUGCCGGGCCAACGUCAAGAGCGGGGCCAUCAUGUCAGCCCUGUCGGACACCGAGAUCCAGCGGGAGAUCGGCAUCAGCAACGCCCUGCACCGCCUCAAGCUGCGCCUGGCCAUCCAGGAGAUGGUGUCCCUCACCAGCCCCUCUGCACCGCCCACGUCCCGCACGUCCUCUGGAAAUGUCUGGGUCACCCAUGAGGAGAUGGAGAACAUGGCAACUUCCACCAAGACGGACACAGAGGAAGGCAGCUGGGCACAGACACUGGCCUAUGGGGACAUGAACCACGAGUGGAUUGGGAACGAGUGGCUGCCCAGCCUGGGUCUGCCCCAGUACCGCAGCUACUUCAUGGAAUGCCUGGUGGACGCGAGGAUGCUGGACCACCUGACCAAGAAGGACCUGCGGGUGCACCUGAAGAUGGUGGACAGCUUCCACCGCACCAGCCUCCAGUACGGCAUCAUGUGCCUCAAGAGGCUCAACUACGACCGCAAAGAGCUCGAGAGGAGGCGAGAGGAGACCCAGCAUGAAAUCAAAGAUGUGUUGGUGUGGACUAAUGACCAGGUCAUUCACUGGAUCCAGUCCAUCGGGCUGCGUGAGUACGGGAACAACCUGGUGGAGAGUGGCGUGCACGGGGCCCUGCUGGCCCUCGACGAGAACUUUGACCACAACAGUCUGGCCCUUGUGCUGCAGAUCCCCACCCAGAACACCCAGGCUCGACAAGUGCUAGAGAGGGAGUUCAACAACCUGCUCGCCCUGGGCACAGACCGGAGGCUGGAUGAUGGCGAUGACAAAACCUUCCGUCGGACGCCGUCCUGGCGCAAGCGCUUCCGCCCGCGGGACGUGCACAGCAUCAACCUCCUGAGCGGCUCUGCUGAGACCCUCCCCGCCGGCUUCCGUGUCACCAGCCUCGUGCCACUGCCCCCUCCAGCCGCUCCAGCCAAGAAAAUGCCCCCGGAAGUCGGUGCCUCCGGGUCCCCAAGGCUGGAGACCUCCACGGUCCGGACGUACUCGUGCUGA